UUUACUAAUUCUGCCAAUGGCACAUGCAUGUCAAUGCCUUGAUGAGGAGCACAUGAACUGCACACCCACGACAGCACCAAGCAGCAAAAGGAAACCACACGUUGCAGUGCAAACAAACAGCAGCAACUGCGGCCCGUUCGCAAAGCUUUUUUCAUGAUUAAACAAAGGAUGUAUUAGAUCAGAUCUUUUUGUUGACUAUUUUGAGUUUCAAAGUUCUCUCAUACGCAAGAAAGACAGGGCCCCUCAACUGUCACGCUUAUCAUCAGAUGGAACUGUUGAAGGUGGCAAUUGUUCUCCAAGCUCUCAGUCUCUGUCAAGGCCUUCAGCAAACCAUUUCCCCUUCACAAAAGAAUGUCUCACAGUCGGAAGGGACCGAUGAACCUGCUACAAAUCAAACUGAUGCCUUCACACCGCAGCUAUCCGGCAACUGCUCUGGGACCCUGGGGGUUUUUAACCACACGAAGUGGACUGCAGUAUUGCUGACCCCUCAAUCUGCGAGGAAGGUGGCCAAUAAAAUAUGCAGACACCUUGGAUGCCUGAAAGUUUCUUCAUUUCGCCAUAGUGCCCUGCACAACACCACCUGCCUCACCAACUGCACCUACAGUGACUCAAAACUGAAGAACUGUACUGAGGUCUCACAAAACUGCACCAGUGUGACUGAGAUUGUCUGCAAUUCCUCAUUGGCCGUUCAGUUGGUGGGAAGCUCUAAACGGUGUGAGGGGCGGGUGGAAGUGUGGAAUGCUGAGAAGUGGGGGACGGUGUGCGAUGACGACUGGGACCUUGAGGACGCAAGCGUGGUCUGCAGACAGCUGGGAUGCGGUUCUGCCUUCCGCGUGAUGGGAGAGGGCGGGGUCUUUGGAGUGGGGAGUGGCCCCAUCUUCCUGGAUAAAGUCAACUGCACUGGAAGUGAGAGUAACCUGUGGGACUGCCCCGCCCAGAGGAGACCAAACUGCACACACAAGCAGGACGCAGGCGUUGUUUGUUCAGAGUCACCUGGGGCACAACCUACAACCACAGUUGCUGUGACCACAGCCGCCUGGACCACCAUCAUUGGGACCCCAGACGCCCCUUCCUGGGGCCCCAGAUACUCCCCGGCAGAGGUGGGCUGCAUUGUUCUGUCUCUCCUCCUGGUGAUGGCAUUGGUUGUGAAUGCUAUCCUCUGCUGGCGUAUCAGGAAAAGAGAGAGAGGCGUCCCUGUAGCUGUGGAGCAGAGCAGGAAAAACCUGCAAACAACCACAGGACAGCAGAAGAAUGAGUACCGGAGCACGGAAGAUGUCCACAAGCUCCCCACUGACAGCACAGAAAACGAUGUCUUACUCAACCCGAGGGUCCUGCAUACCCAGCACAGCGUGGACAACUUCUCCAUUGACUCAGACUACGAGCCCUACGACUUCAGUGUAGAGCCUCCCGUUGCCUUGGCCACCUUCAAGAAUUCUCUCCGCAACAGAGGAGACAACAGGAGCCCCACACUGAAGCCUUCAUCCCUACAUUGUCUAACUGAAGAAGAUCAAACCAGUGGUCUAGCUGACAAUGCAGCACUUCCUGAAUGCCAUGAAGACACAAGCAGAUUUCCAACAUUCAGCGGCAUCAGUGACACAAAAAUCAAGGCCAUCCCAACUGUGGACUCAUUUGAUUCCUCCAGCACGUCUUCCGAAGAAUUCUACGAAAACACAAAAAAAGAGGCUGAGCUGCACAUUCAAGAGGCAACAAAGGGAGGGGAUGCCGUUCAGUCACAGACAGAAAAGAAUCACCCAAAACUAGUGGACUCCUUUGAUUCCUCCAGCACGUCUUCCGAAGAAUUCUACGAAAACACAGGAAAGGAGGCUGAGCAGCACAUCCAAGAGAUGACAGGAAGAGAGCAGCCCAUCCAGCCACAGAACAAACACUAUAGCCCUGGCCUCACCAACUGCUACCUCCAACCAGACCCCCAUUCUCAGGAGGACUCACCUGAUUCCUCCAGCACGUCUGAAUGCUACGAAAACACAGGAAAAGAGGCUGAGCGGCACAUACAAGGCGAUGCAGUUCCUACAGAGGCAGAAGUAAGAGAGGGCCCCAUCCUGCAACAGACAAAAAUCCAUGACCCUGGCUUCACCAACUGCUACUUCCAACCAAACCCGCACAAUGACGGGGAUUCAUCCAGCACUUCAUCUGAAGAUGAUUACGACAUCCCUGAGGGACAAGGAAAGCCACUGAGCCCCGCUGUGAGAGAAAACUGUGACCAGUCUUCUUCAGACAGCGACUAUGACGAUGUCGCCAGCUAUGGACUGUGAGACACAAAUGGUUCAAAAGCAAGAUUACUUAUGACAAUCCUGUGAAGCUCUUAUGGUAACUGUGACUGUUAUCGGCAGCUGUAAGAAGAUGAGUGUAAUUAUAAAUGUAUUAUCUUUUUUAAAAAUGUUUUUCGGUUUUAGAGAGUGAUUUGCUCAAUGUCAUGUCUUUAGGCAAAAGUUGUCAAAAUAUUCUGACACAUGGACUAAAUCGUGACAAAAAACUUUUAUUUGAUUUUACAUAAUUUGUACAUGAUAACCUGAACAAAAAUGUGUUCAUACUGUAAAGAAAUAUAUUUUGUACAUUUCAAA